AUAUAAUACACACACGUAGAUCGUGUGAGUUUGUCCUGUUGCGACGGCCAAAAAGAAAACAGAAGGCAAGACCGGGAGAGAAGCAACUCGGAAGACAUAAGUGGGCAGGACAAAAGCAUUUGUUGAAAUGUCGAAGACGAGAACAAAUCAAAUAAGUCGGAAAAGACCUCGCGGCAGUGGAUGGUCGUGGGAAUGGAAUGGAUGGUCGUGGGAAUGGAAUGGAUGGUCUUAUUUAAUUACCCUAACGCAGAUUGCCUGCAUUGAUUUUGCAGUCCGAUGGCAUCUUCAUGCAUACAGGGAGAGUCCAGAAGUCACUGAUUGCUCAGGUCCUAUCGACUUUUCGUUCAAAUGGUUGACUCCGAGGCUUCAAGCUGCUGUGCUUCGGCGUUGCUCAGGUUACCAGAUCGACCAGACCAUGAAGGUUCGUUCAUCUCACACUCUCCUGGCUCAGAACCGUCAUAGCAACACAAUGAGUUUAGUCGAAAAAUCGAUGCUAGCUCCAAGAAUCAUACCUGCCUUUCAGGUCCAGUUGUUGGCCACAGUCACAGCUAGGCCGCGGUCCGGCCGCAGAAAACGAAACAGCAUUACCUUCAUGUUAAAUCAGCAUCAGAAUGAUCCAAGCUUCCGCCAAGAACGUCUGAUUACUCGAAUGAGUCAAUGGGGACACGAGCGAGCCCGAUAAUGUCGCCAAUCCCCGGCCAGACCAGAAGGGCGAUUACUGGCUCUUGGAAGCAAUAGCGAAGGAUCUGGGAGCCCGGCUUUUCGCCAUGAUAUUAAUACUACACCUGGAUCCGAUGAAGCUGUCGUGGACAGGGUUGACGAGACUGUGGCCUCCCUUGCUUUGUGCCUACCAAUGGAGUCGAUCUGCUGGCUUUGCACCCGGCU